GUUAUCAGUGAGCACCGAGCUCUUGAUUAGACCAACGGCCAGUUUCUCCCACCCCUACCGCCAAGUAAAUCCUAGGUGAUUACGUACGUUGUCCGUAGAUCUCCACUCUAGCUGCUGUUUUUUUCCGUGUCAUGUCAGCAGAAGUAUAGGAGGUUACGUACGUCGCCCGCAGAUCUCCAUUCUGACCGCUCCACGGUGUCAUGUCAGCACAAGUCGCGUUGCUGGUUGAGCGGCACUCGGGAGCUCAACAACCUUUCCUGCCGCAUCCCACGGAUACUCAAUUAAAUCUACGACCAGAUCUGCUAGUACCACCGGCUCAUUCGCCACCGCGUAUCCCGCAUCGCAUCGACGCUCAAGACGCGCGGCGCUCCAUGCGCCAUCCCGCGAAUUGUAACAUCUGCACCGCGGACUCAGGGAGCAGCGGCGCAGCUCCCGGCGAGUCUUACGGAGCCAUGGCGGAAUCUGCCACGUCAGCAUCGGCGCUAGAUUCGGCCACGUGCCCUUCAGUGUGCGCUCCUCUCGCCGCCCAUGCCGCCCAUGCCGCUCACCUAUCAGCGUACAGUAAUUGGGGCGGCGCGUUGCACGGCAGGGCAGCUAGCUUUGACUUUAUCCCAAGUCCCAGCGGGCGGAACACGUCAGCAUCGAGGCAAUCCAACGUGGCGUUCUCGCAUCACCAGAAGCAGCCGUCGGAGCAAUUCGAUUCGCUUGCCGCCACUCACUCAUGGCUUCAUUCCCCUUCGCUUGAUUCCAACCUUGGUACUACUCUUGGUUCUAAUCUCGGUUCCCGUUAUUCGGUUGACCUAGCCACAACUGCAUCCGCGAGAAGCGCGUCGGGUUACAUCGGCGAAACUUGCGAACGUCGCGAACGCCACGAAGCCCCUUCGCGAGCCGCCGGUGCUGCUGCCGCAUUCCCAGCCGCGUCGUCCCACGUAUCCGCAGCAGUCUUCGGAGCACCCGAAACGGCGGCGUCCCGCGUCCUAUCCCCAGCGCGAGACGCGGCGGCAGCACCAGCGGCAGCCGCCUCGCCGGCAGCGUCGCAGAGAAGCAGCUCCGCGGGUUCGUCGUCGGCGUCUCCUGCCGUCCCCCGCGCCGCCGUCUGCCGGCCGCGACAAUCCCCAUGCCGGCGGCCGGCCCUCGGGAUCGCCGACCUGAUGGCGCUCAAGGCCGGCAAAUCUAACGCGGCGCGAUCGAGAGCGACCUCCCCAGCGGACGGGGCGGCGGCUGCGCAGCGGGGCGCUGCGCGUGCGGCGGCGGCAGUGGCGCCGAUGCCUGCGCCGAACCUCCCGCAAGAAAAGCCGUUCGCGUUUCCUUCGGUCAGCCAAGCUACCGCCACUUUCCCCCCGUCCGCGUCUCCGUUCUCCGCCCCCCCCCCCUCCGCAGCUCCCCCCUCCGCGCGCUCUGCUACAGGCGCGCAAUUCGCUCUCCGCAGAAGCCCUCCGCAUAUCAAUUUGCGCGAAAGCGCUGCGUUCAGGUUUCCCCGAUCCAUGUCCGACGGGCAAACCAUGCCACGUGGCAGCAGCAGAGCUAAGCCCGUUUUCCCGGUAGUGGUCGCACGAGCGGAGCCGGAUGUCAAGCCCGAACUACCUGAAGCCGGCAGCAGCACCGGUUUACCGAACCUGCACCAAGCCUGUUCCUCUGGUUCGGCAGGGGCAGAGAGCCGCGGGUGUUCGAGGGUCGGGAAGUCGAGGCUCGGGCCGGGAGGGGAUGGGAGCGGCAGCAACAGCAGCAGCAGGGAUCCGAGCCCCUCUAGUAUCAAUAGUGACAAUGAGAAAUGUGACUACAGCAAAUGUUGCGACAGCAGCCGUGGUAACGACGAGCGCCCGAGCGCGUCUGACGCUGGGGCUGCCGCAAAUUGCGGGGAAGCAGCGGACCAAUCGCGUGGCGGCAUGGCUGACGGCGUGUUACACGAUAGCGCGACCACCGACGCGACGGCUGUUCUUAAAGACGUUCCUACGAGUCAAAGCGUCUGCAGCAGCCGCGGGAAUGGCGGCGGCGCGGGUUACGCCAGCGGUAGCAACGCUAGUAAUAAUAGCUUUAGGCGACGCACCGCCAUCAGCAUUCCGACCAAUCACAUCGUUUCUACCUUCCCUUCCUCUCCAACCUUCCGCCCCUCCCCUCUCUCCCCCAGAGGCCCCUCCCCCUUGUCCCCGCGCCUGCCCUCCCCCCGUGGCCCCUCUCCCCUUUUUCACCGCCAUCCUUCCCCCCUCUCCCCUUGCUUUCCUCCGCCAGUCUCCCCCUGGGGCCCUUCCCCCCUCUCCCCCAGAGGACUCUCCCCCCUCUCCCCUCGGCGCCCCCCCCCCUGCCCCCUGUCCCCGCGCGGACCAUCCCCCCUCUCCCCCCGUGUUGCCACACGCCCUUCCCCCUUGCACGGUGCCUCUGGCUUUAGUUUCCUGCAGCAGCAAUUGGCUGGUUCCGCCAUAGCUGGAGCCUCCGUGGAUUCGGAUAAGCACAUAAUGCACCAGCAGCAGCAGCUGCAGCAGAUGCAGCUGGUUCAGCAGUUUUUACAUAUGGACUUGAAAGGUUUCAGGUCCAAUUCGGCUCCUGGGGCAGAAGGAACAUUUUCAGCAACCUCUUUGUCUCCUCCGCAAAGGAGAUUUUCCAAGGGGAAGAGGAUUUCAUCCCCUUUAGAGUGCUCUCCAGUAUGCUCCCCGGACGUCCAGCGUGUGAAGAACCGUCAUCUUCUCAUGACCACUCGAUCUGAUAACAGCAUUUUGCCCAGCGGGGCUGGCUGGGCCACGGAAUCGGCAGCAGCAGCGGUUGCUUCCGGCGUUCCCAAGUCUAUCCUUACUGUGAAGGAAGAGGGCGCGUUCAGUCGCACAAGAUCAUUGGACAGGCGGGUUAGGUUCAAUAGGGAGGUAGAAGUCCAUGUUUUCUCUUAAGAUUUAACUAUCAAACAGUGAAAUUGAUGAAUUGAGAGAG